UCUGAGCUGCAACCGAGAGCUACAAUUCGUUGUGAAAAAUAACUUUCUGAAAAAAGUGUUUACAGGAAACAACUAAAAUGGAUAAGCCGUGUAGGAGUCAAGAUGAUUUUCCUGGAGAAGAUCCGGAUGAAGAAGUAAUGAAGCUUUUACCAUUGGAUCAAAUGACAAUUAAGUCCGAUGAUGGCGAAAAAAGUAAACUUGAAUCGGAGGUGGAAGAAAAGAAUGGCAAUGAAAGUGAUCUACCUUCCGUAGAAGAAAUUAUCACUGAGUGCGAGAAAACUCUGCAGAGAUUCUUAAAAAGUCAACAUCUCGAACGACAAAUUGCGGCGUACCAAGGUCAUCCCGUACUUGAUUCUCCAAUCGAUGAGAGUUCAAACGUAUUUAUCGAUUUUAACAAAGACCUAAUGGAGUAUCACGAAGAGACGUACUACAUGACGAAAAAGGAGAAAGUAAUUAAGGGCUCGUUUCUCUUUUUGUCAAAUUUAAGUGAAGGUUGGAGCUACGACCAGGUGAAGAGUUUCCUCGUAAAGGAAUUUGGAAUAAAAUGUCUAAAUACUAUGCCAGAAAGGCUUGCAUCGGAGGACGAAUAUAAAGCUGUCGUUAAAUUUAUAUCUAGCCAGCAACUAAACCAAGUAGUAAUGAGCUUAAAAGACAAAAACCUUUACGAUAAAUUUUUGUUUUUCUCAUUCGAUAAUAUACCGAUAACCUAUUACGAUUCGGAUUCAAAUUUGGACACGGAUUCCGAAUCGGAUGGGCUGGACUCGAGGCCUCAAGACUCGAAGACGGAUUUUAAGGAGGCCUAAACUUAUGGGACGGUGUUGAAUCAUUCAUUACAUUUUUCGGAUUUAAGCCUGUCUGACAUAAAUUAAUUUGAUUAAUUAAUGUGUGUGUUGCGAGUAGGUAAAUUACAUCAUAUAAAAUAUGCACUUAUAAUAUAUGUUACCUCGCUAAGCGCUUAUUAUUUAGAGAAGGAUAUUGGUAUCUAAAAGAGGAAAGACUGCAUUUCAUGUUGGGAAAUUCGUUUUUGAGACUGAGAAAUGAAAUUUAUUAGCUUAUGGUAGUAUUCUACCGUAUAAAAGUUAAAUGUGAAGUUUUCAGAGGUAUUCUUUGGAAUCUUCUAAAGAUUUCUACUAGGACUAGUUUAAAAUUGUUGAUGAGAGCUGAAAUGAUUUCCAUGCUAAGUUUCAGAUACCAUUUUUGCGUCCAUUUCACUAUUUUAUAUAUGUCUUCGAGUAUUAGCA